AUGAAAAAUCCAAUGGCUUAUAACGACCUACAAAGAGAAGAGAACCAACUGGUUAUUGUGGUGACAAAAGCCCAGAAUCUGCCCAAUAGGAAGAAGCUGGACAAACAGAGCCCAUACUGCGUUGCCCGCAUUCAAGACCAGAUUCAAAAAACGAAGGUUGUCCACCGUGGGGGCCAAAACCCCGAAUGGGACGAUGAAUUGUGGUUCAGCUUGGAUGAUCUUUCAGGUUCGGUGGUGAUAUUUACUAUAUACCACCAGACCAAGAAAGACGAGGAACUGGUAUGCAAGGCUGAUAUAGAUUUCUCAAUCGUGAUGAAAAGAAGCUCCAAGGAGGGAUACGAUGCUUGGUUCCCACUGGAAUAUGAGGGAAGACCUGCUGGAAGGAUAUACUUGCAAAUGACAUAUUAUCCGUCCGCAACAAGCGUCCCUACAGUGGUGGAAAAUGCACCCAGGCUACUGGACUCUAGACCUAAGCUGACCAGACCACUUCCUCCUCCGCCUGUGAGUGCUGCAAAGAACUUUAAUUCGCAAGGUUCAAGCCCCAACCUCAGUCGUGAAGAAAUUCCCAGAGAGUCCCCAGAAAACCAAUCCAGAUGGCCGUCCAUGCGCUCACUCAACGAGUCUAUACAAACCAAGACCCUGCCAGAGUCACCCUCCUUUGGCAACAGAUCAAGCAGGAUUAGACCCAUAUCUCGGAGUACACCUUCGAUGACCCAGUCGGUUGAUUGUGACGGAUAUUUAGGACAACGGUUCCAGCUUAAUCGUGAUCACAGACAACCUCAAAUAGUCGCCGAUGACGAUUCAAGCUCUGAGUCUGAUUCGGAUGCCCCAGCAAGAAGGGUCCAAAAACCAGCAGUCCCAACCCACAGGGUUCCACUAUCACCUAUGAACGGCUCGUUGAGAGGAACACCAGCUCCAGACGCCAAGGGAUCAUGGAACAUAUUGGGUUCGUUCUUCCCUUCGGGAAGUACCAGUGACCAGAAUCAUGACGAGGCAUGGUCCAAGAGAAGUGCUGCUCUUGGUGCUAGGACGGACGAGCCAGCUUCAAAGGGUUUUCAUAUUCCAAACCCAAUGGACUUUUUGAGCGGCUGGAGAGAAUAA